AUGCUCCCGCUCCUCUCUCCUCCGCGCCCUGGUGCCGCGCCCCGCGCCGCCGCCAGGCCGGCCGUCAUCCUCCCAGGGCUCGGGAACAACACGGGCGACUACGCGCGGCUCGCCGCGGCGCUGCAGGACGACCACGGCCUCCCCGCGGCCGUCGUGGCGCGGGUCACCCGCCCUGACUGGCUCCGCAACGCCGCGGGCCUCGCCGACGCCAGCUACUGGCGAGGCACCCUCCGCCCGCGCGCCCCGUGUUCGACUGGUGGGAAGAUAUCAUUGAUAGGGCAUUCAGCUGGGGGCUGGCUCGCGCGCGUGUACAUGGCGGAGUUUGAGGCUUCCGACAUAAGUUUACUGCUCACCCUUGGCACUCCUCACUUGUACAUUCAAGGUGCUCCUCUUCUGGGGAACUCCGCAGUUGCUUCUGAUGAGAUCCUUGCAGUUGACACUCCUUCAGAAGGAGGUGAGGCUGUUAUUGUCAGUACCAAUGAAAAAUCUACUCCAUCAAGUGUCACAUGGAGAGCCCGGUUCGUCGGGCAAGGGUACAAACAGGUUUGUGGCCGAGCGGAUGUGUGGGGCGACGACGUUGUUCCUGAAAUGGCAGCGCAUCUGGAGGGAGCACUGAACAUAAGCUUUGAUGGUGUGUACCACUCUCCGGUAGGCUCUGAUGAUGAAGAAAGGCCCUGGUAUGGCUCUCCGGCAAUCCUCAAGCAGUGGGUGCAUCACCUUCUCAGCUGA